AUGGCUCCCGGUAUCCUUGAACGUAUCCAGCAGAAGAUUGAGCUCUUCCGUCUGGAGCAGCGCUACACUCGUCGCCGCCAUCGCCGCUCGACUUUCGUCUCCAACGCAGUUUACGUCGACGGCGAGUACGUCUACCAGACUCCCACCUCCACCGGCUCCUCAUCCGCCGGCACGACUAGCAGCAAGGAGUCCUCAUCCCCACGAGUGAAUGCCCUGCAUCACGCCGAGCCUGCUUCGCCCACUGUCGCCCCAACGCAGACCGAACCCAGCAAGAAGCGACUGAGCCGCUUCGCCUCCAUGCCCGGCUUCGGAUCCUCAAAGCAGACUCCCACGAAUGACUGGAGGUCAAGCCGCGUCAGCGUCAGCGAGAUCCAGCGGUAG